AUGGCGGACACAGGGGUUAAAAAGGAGCGCGCAGUCCAUGCAGAGGUGUCUUCUGAUGAUGAGGAGGUAGCUUUGAUGGGUGCCGCCGCAGAGCCGGCAGUAGACGAUGACGAUGACCCUACCGGGGAGGUGGACCUGGUCCUGUCCACUGGCCCCGGAGGAAAGAGUGAAGCUCAGAUGAACGGCGUGAUGGUUCUGUCUCUGCUCGACAAGAUAAUCGGGGUGGUGGACAAAAUCCAGCACACCCAGAACGGACUGGAGGCCCGGCAGGAAUCCAUGGAGAAGUCGGUGUCAACCAUCCAAGGGGAGCUGGCUAAGCUGUCCAAGACCCACGUCGACACCGCCCACACCGUCAACAAGAUGCUGGACAAGGUGCGCAAAGUCAGCGUCAACGUCAAGACGGUGCGCGGCAACCUGGAGAGGCAGGCGGGCCAGAUCAAGAAGCUGGAGAGCAACGAGAACGAGCUGCUCAAGAGGCGCAACUUCAAAGUCCUCAUCUACCAGGACCAAAUGAAGCAGCCAAAGGCAUCCAAAUCCAAGACUGCAGAGACUGUCGGAGGUAUAGCAGCGGAGGGCCUCGAGCAGAUCCCAGAAGACGAAAACGAAGGCGAGAGAGCCAAUCUCAAUUCAGAUGAAGAGGUGGAGCUUGACGAGGUGGUUGUAGAGACUCGUACGAAGCGCCUCCAACAGCAAGUUGACAACAUAAAGAAAGCCUUCUCCAAAGAGAAAAUGGAGAAGACCAAACUAAAGACAAAGGAAAACCUGGAGAAGACCAGGCAGAAAACCCGCGACAACCUGGAGAAGACAAGGCAGAAAACCCGUGACAACCUGGAGAAAACAAAGCACAACCUGGAGAAAAAGAUCGGCAAACUCGGGACCCGCAUGACUCCCAACAUGGAACGCAGAGCAAAAAUGAAAAGCUCCAAAGACAAGCUGAAGAAGUCCCUCACUCCCGACCAUAAAGUCCACGCUCGUUCCAAGUCAACUGUGUACCGAGUUCCACCCUUUACCUUCCAUGUCAAGAAGAUCCGAGAAGGGGAGGUGGAGGUGGUGCAGACCACAGAGAUGGUGGAGGUAACUGAGGCAGAGGCUAAAGCAAGUGGAGAGGAGAAUGAGAUGGGCGUGCACUCAGAGGUGGAGGAAGGGGAGCUGGUGGAUGUAGACAGCCCAGAAAUGCCGGCUCUAUUAGAAGUCACUGAAGACUCUCAGCUGGUCAGAGUGGAACCAGAAUAUCUAAAGAAGGCUCAAAGCGAGUAG